AUGCAUUUCCAGAUCUUGACCGCGUUGCUCCUCACAACCCUCACACAAGCAAGACCUCAAACACCCGCAGACACCAGCGCCCUUGCUGGCCUGCCCGCCUGUGCACAAGACGCCGCCAACUCGGCACUCGGAUCCUCAGGCUGCGCCGCAAACGAUAAGGACUGUAUCUGCAGCUCGCAGCCAUUCAUUACCGCCAUCACCACGGCCGUGACCCAGACUUGCACUGCGCAGGAUGUCCAAGCUGCCCUGAUCUUCGCCCAAACAUACUGUGGCGCGGCACUCGGCGCCGGAGGAGGCUCCCCGUCAUCGGGGUCGUCCGCCCCAGCAGCGACAGGAGACGGAGCUGCAGCUUCCGACUCUGUGGCGCCUACGGCGUCUCCCUCGGACACGGCGGAUGGCGAUUACACGCCCGGCGCCUCGACGACCACAGUCGCCGGCACGGUGACGGCCACGACAAGCGUCUCACUCUCCGUCAGCACGGUGCCUGACGCUUCGAUCACGAGCAUGAGCAUGAGCAUGAUGCACUCGGGCGUAGUGAUGACGACUACCCAAUGCACGACGACCACUACAAUCAUGACUACGCCGGCAAAGACCAUGUCGUAUAAUGCUACGUAUACGGGUGCGGCGGUUAAGAGUGUGGGGCAGGGGAUCAUGGCUGCGGUGGUUGGUCUUGCUGGGGCGGUGGCUUUGCUGUGA